ACUGCAGACAGAAUGUUCAAACUUCUAGUUUCUCUCAUUGUGCUCUCCAGCCUGUUGCUCGGUACAAGUGCUGUCGACUGUGGUGCAGCAACAUCAACAGCAUCAGCAACAUGUGCAGUUGCAUCCGCAGCUGCUGGUGUUUUAGGUUUAAUGGUUUGUGCGGGUACUGCUGGUCUAGGGUGUGCAGCUGUAGCAGCAGGAGGUGCUGUGACUGCUCUUUGUGGUGCUGUUGCGGGAACUAUUGACUGUGGUGGCGAAGAUCUGUCUGCAGAAAAUCAAAAAAUAAUAAUAAGCUACUUGGAGGACAUUGAAGAGGAUGUCCGCGAUUUGAGUAACAGAGUUGAACUUGGAUUCUACGAGAACAAAUACGAUAGCUACAUCAACAAGAUCAUAUCCGCGACGGGUAGAUAUCAGCAGGAUAUCGUGAAGAAGACAAUAGGUGACAAGACAGCUAGGUACGGAAACAACAUGAUGAUAAAAGAGUACGUCGAUGAUAUUCUUGGUGACGGAGCAUACGACGUCCGGGGAGCCCUUACCGUCAUUGAUGGCAUGAUAUCAGGCAGACAAGGCAUCACACGCUCACCAUCAGUGUAUGAGCUAGCAUGGGAUUUAAACAUAUGCACUGAAGACCUCUUCAAUUUCAUGACAAACCUGAUUAUAGAGGGAACUACUACUUCGUUCGUCGCCAUGGAGAUGCGGCCGCAGGGUGGUGGAGUUCAUCAGGCGGACAAAGACCAACUCACGACACGACUUGAAGAUAAUUUGAAUGAAUUUAAAUCGGCUUGCGCAUACUACCAAAAACUAGAUACCUCGAACCUACCUCGCUAUUCAUACGACACCAACAAACUUACUUUCCCCGCGUACUGGGGAGAUUGGGGGGAGGUUGAGUAUUGUUCCCACGGAGGAUAUGUAACCUCGUUCAAGCUAAAGGUGGAAGGUUAUCAGGGUAGUGGUGACGACACAGCUCUAAACGCAAUCUGUCUUGGAUGUAGCCACGGGGAUGAAGUUUGCAGCAGCGAAGGAAAACAUGGAAACUGGGGACGACGUGCAAAGAACGAUGACGAUGAGGAUACUUGCAAAGAGGGAUUUGUCGCCGCCAAGCUCAGUAUUGAAUUCCGACAAGGUAACAGUGACGACACAUCUGCUAACGACCUUCGGCUUAUCUGCAAUGACAAUGGGUCGAAGACGUUCCAAACAGAAAACGGGAUGCCUUGGGGAGCUUGGUUUACCCCGUUUGGGCAGCAGAAUUGUCGCGGUGGCUCGGUGAUCUGCGGACUGAAGACCAGAGUGGAGAAGGAGCAGGGUACCUGCUCGACGUGUGACGACACAGCCCUUAACGGCGUGGAGUUUCAAUGCUGCGAGGACAUUUGGUCAUAGGUCAUAUUAACGUUUAUGUGUGCAAUACUUAAUCGGUAGAAACAGAACGGGUUAAUCUUUUAAAUUAAAUACGAUAGUUUUAUUUUAUUUCACUUUCAGUAGAAAUUUUGGGCGUCUUGAAAUCAAAAGCGUAGAUUUAAUGGGAUUUCCGAUUUAAACUAUAGUCAACCAAAAUCAACAACUUUUUCAAAAAAUGUUAUUUUAAUUAAAGUCGCAGUCUUUUCUGGUAGAUAGAUUAGAUGAGAGAUAUUUUCCCAUUAACUGUAAUUUAACGUAAUAUAAAUUUUAUUUUUGUGCACGGU